AUGACGGUCAAAAUCACACUUGCUGAAUAUCUCUUCUAUCGGCUCCAUGAUGCCGGUUUGCUGGCAGUCCACGGAGUUCCCGGAGACUAUAAUCUCCAACUUCUCGACCAUGUCACCCCAUGCGGUCUAGAAUGGGUUGGAAACUGUAACGAGCUUAACGCCGGAUAUGCCACUGAUGGAUAUGCUCGGAUCAAGGGGAUUGGAGCGUUAGUGACGACUUUUGGGGUUGGUGAGCUUUCCGCCAUCAAUGCUAUCGCGGGUGCCUACGCUGAAAUGGCUCCUGUUGUACACAUCGUUGGGACCCCCGAUCGAAAGUCACAGUCUCUAGGCGCCCGACUUCAUCAUUCAUUUUGCAGAGGCAUUUCGCAGGACUAUGAGAUCUUUGCUGAAAUGUAUGCGAAAGUCACUGUUAAGCAGGAGAAUUUGAUUAAUCUCUCCACGGCGCCUAUGCAGAUUGACCGAGCCAUUCGGGAAUGCAUCCUUCAGUCCCGACCGGUGUAUAUCCGAGUACCAAUGGAUAUGGUACAUGCAAUGGUUCCUAGACCUCAUUCAUCUAGGUCAAUGCUGGUGCCCGGUUCGCAUCGUUGUGAAUCACUCAACCUGUUACCCGCGCCCAAUGAGCCCCUGUGCGAAUUGGAGAUCAUGGAGCAGAUUGUUCACCAGAUAAGGAACGCCAAGCGACCAUUUAUCUUGGUUGAUGGCGGCACCUCGCGCUAUGGACUCUCUGAGAUGGCUAAUCAGCUGGUUAAAAUGACUGGGUUCCCUACCGGAACAACGCCUUUCGGAAAGGGCAUUGUGGACGAGACCUUGCGCAACUUCCAUGGCAUCUAUUCUCCCGUCGGAGACAAAAGAUAUCAGUCCUAUCUUGAGUGCUGCGAUCUCAUAAUCAAUAUUGGGCCGGUGCACAGCAAUGUGAAUACUUUCUAUUUCACUACUGUUCCAAAGGUGGAUGUUUCCAUCAUGUUUGAGCAGGACUGUGUUACCGUUGGACCUAGCACAUGGAAUCUGAAGCCAAAAUCACUACUUGAAAAAAUCCUGGACAACUUGGCCAAGGACGGUCUCUCUCGACUCGAACCCUACCCUGAUCUGCCACGAGUGACUCUCACUCCAGAAAUGGUAGAAGUCCAUCCGUCCGCCGAGCUCACACAAAACAUUUUCUGGACGCGAAUCUCCUCGUUUUUCCGUUCCGGCGAUAUCAUCAUGACCGAGACUGGGACAGCGAGCGUCGGUGGACGCGAUAUGAUAUUACCGAAGGGCACAACUCUGAUCAAUUCGAGCGUCUGGCUUUCAAUUGGAUAUAUGCUUGCGGCGGCACAAGGCGCUGCCCUAGCCCAGAGAAACCUCAAGUCAUCCUCGCUUACUCCCUCGCAGGGUAGGACGAUCUUAUUCGAAGGAGACGGCAGUUUCCAAAUGACAGCGCAAGAAGUCAGCACCAUUAUUCGGAAAAAGCUUGAUGUGAUCAUUUUCAUCAUCAACAAUAACGGGUACACAAUCGAGCGUCUGAUCCAUGGCCCAGAACAACAUUAUAAUGAAGUUGCUUCUUGGAAGUACCUUGAAGCUCCCUCUUUCUUCGGUGGAGUCCAAGAUAGCGAGUAUCCUAUUUUCACAGCCUCUGCAAACACAUGGGGGACAUUGGAUGCCAUUUUGAAUGACAAGGAAUUCAAAGAUGGGCGGGGGCUUCGCAUUGUGGAGUUGAAGAUGGACAUAAUGGAUUGCACGCAGCAUAUGAGUGACCUUUUCCAGAUGGGUGGGAAGAAAGACUGA